AAAUGGAAGGAUAUAUUGAGACCAAGAAGACUGAGAAGAAGGAACAAAAGGCUACCCUCUUCACCCCAGGUGAUAGAAGAGUACAAAACUCUGAUAACUUUAUUCCUGUUGGAAGAGUAAUCUCUACUGGACCAGUCACUGCAGCUCACAGAGUGCAGCCAAGUUAUCCUCUUCCAAACACCUAUCUCCCAAUGGCUCCUGUACAAUAUGUAGCCCAGCCAGCACCAGCUGCUGAAGAGGAGAAGAAGGAAGAUCCCAGAACAGCUAGCCUUAGAGAAAAUGCUCAAAUACUGACAAUUAACGAGAACCAGAGAAUCAUCUCAAGACACCCAGUCAUCGUGAAGUGUCCCCAUUGUAGCCAGACUGGUGUCACCACUAUCAGGAAGCAGCAUGGACUCAUGGUCUAUGCUUCCUCAGUAGUCUGCUGUCUCGUAGGUAUGGGCCCCUGUGCACUUGUACCAUGGUGCGUCGGUGAACUUAAGGAUACCAUCCACGAGUGCCACUACUGCGGAAAUGUAGUAGCCACCGUGAAGAGACAUGAAAGUUUAUAAACUGUUCUUUCCUCUAAAGAUGUUUCAAUCA